AUGUAUGAAAUCGAGUAUUAUGACCUCAUAUUUGAGAUAAGUACGAAAAUUGACGUAAACCAAUUAGAAAGAUUGGUUUUCAUGUGCACAAAGAAGAUCUCAGAAGGCAGUGAAGGAACGAUAAAAAGUGCACGCGGAUUAUUUAAAGAGCUUGAGAAACAGGGUUACCUCGGAAUCGACCGGUUAGAAAAUUUAAAAGAGAUUUUGAAACAGUUAAAGAAGCGAUCCAUGAUCAAGAAAGUGGAAGAGUUUGAGAUCAAAAGAAGAGGUGCCUAAUAAAUAUAAUGCUAGUCAUAUUGAUUUGUUUUGAAAUCAGUUCAGCGAAGAAAAUUUUAAAAGCCGGAAGUGCCUUGGUGCUCGAGAAGUUCAAUUGAAGGCUUAGAGCUUCUUCAUUUGUUGCAUAGGAAAUGAUUUCUUGUUAAGAUGAACUAUGUAUUAUUUUAAUUUGAUAAUUUAGUUUAACAGUUAUUGCUUUGGAAUUUUAAGUUUCCAUGUUGCCAGAAUUAAGAAUCUUUGUUAUCAUGGCUUUAGAAAACCUCACGAUUCCUUUAAAUUUCAGCUCAGUCAGUUGGUAUCAUUGCUUCAUUUAAGCAGGCUGCUGUCAAUUUGAAAGGAGGUAAGGUGUAAAAAGGCAAGGUUCUUGUGCAUUUAAAAUAUUUAGGGCAAACAGGCAUAGGCCAGAUGUUGAAUACCAGUAACAGAAAUGUUAGAUAAAAUUAGAUAGUAUUUAUAACGGUGUAAGAAUCAGUGCUUGGCCUGUCAUGCAUUAUGACAUAGUUUUAUUAGAGUGUUUUUGUGUGCUAAACAAUUAAGUCAACUCUUAUAGGCCCCAGUUCAUCUAAUAUAAGUUCCAAAUAGCAAGAAACAAGGACAAUCAGAGAUACGGGCAAAAAUACAUGACUAAUGGUCCUAACCUCUCUUCUAAACUUUCCAUUUUGGAGGAGUACCAAAUGGUUUAAUUCUUUCAAUGCUCACAAACUUUCAAAAUUUGGCUUCUGCUUCUCUCCGUUUGCUUUCAACCGUUCAUACAUCAGAGUUGUAAUAAUUUCAGCUUCAAAUUAACUUAUCAUUAUUCUCCUCCACAAAACAAAUAUUGUUGGUAGCUGACUAAGUUUUUAGCAGUGAAGACUAAUGUGAACAAAAUAUUAUAAAGAAUUUACCUUUGGACACAGAUUCUUGGCCCUUAGUUUGUAUUGUACAACUAUAAUACAAACUAAGUUAAGCUCUAUGUUACUGACAUUUUAGUGAUCAGGUGAUUAGUGUUUAUGUAAUGUGUUACAACUGUGUUUGCAUGCAGUUACAAUAACCUCAGCACAUCAUUUACAGAGGCUAAGCCAUGCAAAAUUAAAUUUGCUUGGCUUUCUCUAGUAAAUUACUGAAAACAUAAUUUUCAAAACUGAAGUUUAGUGUUGUUCUUAUGGGUUCAAUAUUGCAUCCUAGUUAAUUUUUUCUCUCUCCUAGGAAAGCAUAUUAAUACUGUAUUUUGAUAAAUUUUGUUGCCAAACACACACUGAAAACUGUUAGAAAUUGUAACUGUCCCAAAAACAACAUUCUUCCCCUUAAAUGUUCGUAGAAGAGAAGUUUGACUGUCCAAUCAAGAGAGCUUUCCAAAAAUAUCAUCAUAUUUAAAAUGUAGUAUUAACUUGAUGCUUAAAUGAUUUUGAAUAUGAUUAAUUCAGGCAGUAAUUAAUUUCUUACUAUUAUAAAAAAAUCUGCAGUUGUUAAGAAGCUACUUGCAUACCGCAAAUAAUUUUGAGAGUAUUCAUAAUUAGUCAAUAUAACUGUAUUUUUAAUGUCUUAAAAUCACUCAAACAGGGCUGUUAUUCUUGUGGAACUGAUAUUGUAAAAAUUUCUGGAGUAGUGUCAGUGUCUGGGUGCAUGUGGUGUGUGUGUGGGUGGGUGGGUGGGUGAGUGUGUGGAGGGGGGAGGGGGUAGCAUUGUGGCACAAUUCUAUCUCAGAGAAAAUGUUUUGAAAAAACUUGGUAUACGUCAGUUGCAAAUGUUUCUUUUGAUGAGAUAUUGUGAUUACUUAAGAUCAAAAAUGACUUGUUUCAAUAGCUAUCAAGAUGGUUUGUAACUUUCGCACAAUUGGUGGUACUCUAUCGGUAGUUACUAGUGGCAUGGCUCUCCGUAGCUGCAAAACUUUUGGUGAAUUUGUGGAGAUCUUCAACAACGUUGUGCUGCUUGCAUGCAACAAACUGUUUGGAUCUUGUAGUAUCCGUUCCUCCACACGCAGUGCGAACCUACAUUGUAUCACGUGAUAUUGUAAUAAACAUGUUCUAUCCAACAUGGCGUGUGUUCACUGACGAUCGUACAUUUGGCGACGAGGACCGCGGAUUACAAGAAGACAAUCAAGGCCAGAAAAGAGAAAACCAGCGAAACACACGGCUAAGACCUCGAAGCACUUAAGCGACCAAAAAUUAGAAGAAAGAAGAAGAAAAGAAAGCAAGAAACGUCGAAGAGAACUUGCGAAGAGACCACGUGCUCGAUACGAAAUCAUGCUAGAUACGCCAGGCCAAGAAGGAGCCCAAGGACAUGCGCCGAAUUCGACAGAAAUAAGAGUGUUCAGCACCGGGAAAUCACUAAGGAUAGAGCCAUUCAAGAUUCCAGAAAAUCCCCUGGAAGUUGGACGAGCAGGUAGAGAAUGGAUUGAAGACUUCGAGGACGAAACAUCGUAUUUCGAGAUCACAGAAAUAAGAGACCGCGUGAGCGCCCUAAAGAUUUAUGGCGGCAAAGAAACUCGCACGUAACUUGCCAGAUACAGCGCCAGUGGUCGGGGACGAUGACUACAAGAAGCUGAAAAGGAAACUAGACAACCACUUCCUGCCGAAAAAGAACAAGCAUCACGGAAGAUUCACGUUUAGCAAGCAAAGACCCAUCGAAGGAGAGAGUGUUAUCACAUACGCGGCGCGACUACGCGAAAAAUCAAAGGAUUGCGAGUUCGACGAGCAAACAGACGACAGAAUCCUGGAACACUUGAUACAAACUGUCAAGGACAGCGAACUCGUUAAAAGAAGCAUUCAGAAGAAAUGGAACCUUGAUCAAUUCCUUGAAGAAGCAAGCCAAAUAGAAGAUAUCAAUCAGCAAGUCAAAGACAUGAAAGAAGAUUUCAAGAUAUCGAAAGUCGAGUAUCAGUAAAAGGAUUUUCCGAAAAGCAGCAAGUGGGGCGUAAGAAGAAACUCGAAGAAGAAACCGCUGCGACCUCCCAGAAAACGAGAAAACGAGAAAGAAGAGAAAGAGAAAGGCACAGGAGGAAGACAGGAGCACACCCUCCAGGCCGAAACUGUCCAGCAUACGGACAACAGUGUUUAAAAUGUGACAAGUACAAUCAUUACGCGUCAUGUUGCAGAAUCGGUGCCCAACCUCAAGAGGGAUCUAAGGAGACUAAGAGAGGGCGAAUCAAGAAGAGAACAGAGGCUGAGGAGACAAGCAGCGACUCAGAUGAUGAUUACAUUUACCUUCAGGAGACAGCACGACACUUACACCGAGUGAAGAAGAUAAGAUCAGGUCCAAACCAAGACACUCUACUAAUCCGCAUCGGAGACAUUGAUGCUGUCGUUGAACCAGAUAGUGGAGCCAGCGCAAAUGUGAUGGAUGAAUAUCAAUUCAAGGCCCUCAAACACAGAUCAAAAGAAAUUAAGGAACUAGACCCUAGCAGAGACACACUGAAGACACUUCAAUCUGAUCUAACAGUCAAAGGCGAAUUCACCACAACAUUGCGGAACAAGAACCGGGGUACACAAAGCAAGUUGUUAGUGAUCCAAGGAAAGAUGGAUUCUCCGCCACUCCUAAGUAAGAACACACUAUUGGAGCUUGGAAUGCUCAAAAUCGAUCCAGAAGGAACACUUAAAGAAACCAAUGAGCUGAGAAUCAAAACCGUGAAAACACCUGAUGACAGCAUUGAAGCAGCACUGAGCGAAUACAGCGAUGUAUUCCAAGGGAUCGGUUGUUUUCGGGAAAAGAGUACAGGCAAGAAGAUUGAAGUCAAGCUAGAAAUGGAACCUGAUGCAGAACCUGUGGCUCAGAAACCACGCCCUGUACCGUAUCACCUACAGAAACCACUUAAAGAUUGGCUUGAUCAGGGAGUGAAGGAGGAGAUAUUCGAGAAAGUUCCAGACGGAGAAGCAAUUACUUGGUGUUCACCACUCGUGGUUCAACCCGAACCCAAGUUCGCAGAUAUGAAGAGUGAAGAGUUAGAGUCACACAUGAUUAGGGCAAGUAUCGACAUGAGGAUUCCAAACCAGUCCAUGAAGCGGAGCCGCUGCGUCCAAUCACCAAGAGUAGAAGACUUCAUCUACCGCCUACAUGACUGCAAGAUCUUUGCGAAGCUGGAUCUCAGACAAGGUUACCACCAGCUAGCUUUAGACCCAUCCACAAGACAAGUAGCAAUAUUCAGCACACCUUCGGGAAACUACAGACCCCAGCGACUGGUUUUUGGAGCAAAAUCGUCACAAGAUGUAUUUGACGAAGCCAUGUUCAGAAUCUUUGGGGACAUACCCCACUGCUUAAACCAGAGAGAUGAUAUACUUCUUGGUGGAAGAGACGAGACAGAACAUAGAGAAGUACUGAAGACCGUCCUAAAGAGAGCGAGAGAUCACGGAAUCACAUUUAAUAGAGAGAAAUGUCAGUUUGGAAAGGAGCAGAUCGAAUUCUUUGGACAUGUCUUCACCAAGGAUGGACUGAAGCCAUCACCUGACAAAGUAAGAGCAAUCAAAGAAUGUGGAGUACCUGAGAACAAAGAGGCAUUGCGAAGUUUCCUUGGAAUGGCAGGCUACCUGGACACCAUAGCAGCACCGCUGUACCAGCUAAUCAGAAAAGAAACAAAUUUCCACUGGGGAAAACAAGAGGAAGUUGCAUUCAGGAAAAUACAAGACAACAUCUCAAGUGAGAAGACUAUGGCAUUCUUCGACCCAAGCAAGCCCAUAAUCCUCCGUACAGAGGCCAGCUUCAAUGAAGGCUUAUCAGCAACUCUGCUCCAAAAGACAGACAGAGGCAUACAACCGGUACAUUUCAUCAGCCGGACAAUGACAGAGACUGAGAA